AUGAGGGUGGUAAUACAUGGAAACAGGACAACGAUAUUUUACGGCAAACGUGCGCUGUCUCUUUCCCACCGCCAUGCUCGUCCUCCUUCCCUACACUCCACGGCCUUCUCAUCCAUCCCCCACCCGCCUCGCUCCUUUACUGCACUCCCCAUCGCCCUCAUGCGUCAGCUGGUGAACGAUGCGCUGGCCUUUGCGGGGCCGCUGCUGCUGCACCAACUCGUCACUGUGCUCGACGGUGGCACCCCUGCCGUCGCGCUGCACCGCGCGCCUCCGGCCCCCGCCACCUAUGGCGCGCCCCCCACGCCGUGGUGGGACGGGCUUGCAUGCGCGCUCGCCAUCGGUGCCACGUCCGCCCUCAGGGCAUUCCUAGGAGCGCACUACUCGUACCGCCUGGCGCGCAUGGGACUCAAGCUGCGCGCUGCCAUCGCCACCUGCGUCUUCGCCAAGGUGCCCCUCCCUCCCUCCCUCCCUCCCAUCUCUCCAGCGCUUCAUUCCUUCAUCCGCCUAAAAGUUGGCGCUACUCAUUCCCUCCUCCGCCCCCUCUCCCAGGUGCUGGCAGUGAGUGCGGCACAGAGGGGGUCGUUUGAGGGAGGCGAGGUGCAGACGCUCAUGAGUGUGGAUGCAGAUAGGCUUGUCAACCUCGUCAUGUCGCUGCACGACCUCUGGGGUCUGCCUCUGCAGAUCCUUGUGGCGCUGCUGCUGCUCUACUGGCAGGUGAGCUACGCCUUCCUGGCUGGCCUCGCUGUUGUGCUCCUCCUCAUCCCAGUGAACCGGUGGCUGGCGGGGCGGAUAGGAGAGGCGAGCAAGCAGAUGAUGGCGAGCAAGGAUGCCAGGGUGCAGGCGAUGCAGGAGCUAUUGGACCACGUGGCAGCAGUGCGCGCCAUGGCCAUGGAGGGCGCCCUGCUCUCCCGCAUCAACGAUGCUCGCCACCUCGAGCUCUCCGCCCUCGCAGUGCGCAAGUACCUGGACGCGUGGUGUGUGUACUUCUGGGCCUGCACGCCUGUGCUCUUCUCCCUCGCCACCUUCUCCUCUCUGCUGCUCCUCGGCCGCUCCCUCAAUGCCCCCGUGGUGUUCACGAGUCUAGCGCUCUUCAACGUGCUGCUGGGGCCGCUCAACUCGUUCCCCUGGGUCAUCAACGGCAUUGUCGAGGCGCUCAUCUCUGUGAGGCGCCUGGAGGCGUUUCUCUGCAUCCCCACGCCACCCACUGCUGCCCCCCUCGUCUCUGCCUUCACCACCCCCCCCACCGCCUCAUCCCCUCCCACGGCUCCUGUUCCCACCACUCCACCUGCAGCCUGCAGCAGCACCACCGGGCAUCACAGCAGCACUCUUCUGUACUCGCUCGUCCCCUUUCUCCUCCGCCUCCCCUCCUCGCCCCUGCCCCGCCACGUUUCCCCCCCCCCCUCGCCUCUCACAGCCCCCCUGCUGGGCCCCGCCCCUUUCCUGGUGAAUCAAGACAGAGACUCACAGGCGUCUGAUUGCGCGGCUGAUGGUGACACAGGUGGUGCUGCAGGCGGUGCAGUAGGGGUUGCUGCAGAGGGUGCCACGAGCAGCAGUCAGGGCCUUCCACUCCGCCUUCCUGCCGCAAAUGACACCUGUGCAGGUGCAGCCAGUCCGUCCCCGCCAUUAGCAGUGCACAUGUGCGGGCUCAGCUUCUCCUGGCAUGCUCCCACAUGCGCCACCAGCAAGGCUCCCAGCACGCCGACUGGGGAAAGUGUGGAAGAGGGCGGUGCAGCUGUGCAGGAGGGUAGUGGAAGCAGGUCCACAAGAGAGAACUGCAGGGGGGGCAGUGGAGGCAGCGGUAUUGCGCUGCACAGCAUACAAUUGGACGUGCCCGAGGGGGCUGUGGUGGCCAUCGUCGGCAAGGUGACCCCUUCCCCCAUGCCCUCAUCAUUCCAUGGAGCCGUGGGUGUUUGCAGGCAGCAUCCGAGAGAACGUGCUGCUCGGGGCGCCAUGGGAACCCAUCAGGUGGGGCUGGGGACAGAUGGGGCGAGGAGGGGGAGGGAGGGAAUGAAAGGGAGGGUGUGGUACCAGCAGGUGAUCCACGCAUGCGCACUGCACGAGGACACAGCAGCUAUGGCAGGGGAUGACGAGUCACAACAUCCCACACCCCUUGUACCGCAGGUACAGCAGGCAUGGCAAGGGGCGAUCAGUCACUGCUGCAUCACACCCAUCCAUCCCAUCACCAUGUCAUCACGACACAUACACCCCUCCUACCGCAGGUACCAGCAGGUGAUGCACGCCUGUGCACUGCACGAGGACACGGCAGCCAUGGCAGGGGGCGACGAGGCCCGGGUGGCGGACAGAGGGCUCACACUCUCCGGGGGCCAGCGCGCCCGCCUUGCCCUCGCCAGAGCGCUCUACUCCGAUGCCACGCUGCUGCUGCUCGAUGACCCGCUGUCAGCACUGGAUGCCCGCGUGGCACGCCACGUCAGCGACGCCGCCCUGUUCGGGCCAAUCGCCAGAGGCCGCACCAUCCUGCUCUGCACCCACUCGCCCCCACACAUAGACCUGUUAACAGCCCCUGUGAACAGCCCCCUGCAAGUGCGCUUGCACCCGACCCCUGCUUCUCCCAUGCCUCACUCGUCCACCUGUGUGUCUGCGUGCUGGCAGGCAGCGAUCAUCACUGGUGGUGGCGAUGCAGCAUGGGAGGAUCGUGCACGCGGCACUGCUGUCCACGCGGCACCCCCUCUUGCUACUCACUUUCACGCCCCUCCACCCCUCUUGCCACUCACAUGCUGGCAGGCGAUGCAGCGAUCAUCGCUGGUGGUGGCCAUGCAGCACGGCAGGAUCGUGCACGUAGCACCUCCUGCUGCCCUCGUGCCCGAACUCAUGCUUGGGGAUGCAGGCGUGGAUGAAGGCGCAUGCAUGGGUGAUGCUGAUAAAAGCAUGCAUGAUGGCUCACGCAUUGAUGCAGUCACACGCGGUCUGCUGGUGAAGCUGCUGGGGGAGCAGCAAGGGGAGCGGGAUGGGGAGAAAGGAGGGAAGGAGGGCGAAAGCAGUUCACUCAAGGGGUCGGGGCGUGGGGAAGGAAAAGAGAUUGCAGAGAACGUGGCGGCUGGGGAAGCUGCUGGGGAACUAGGGGGCUUGUCCACCAUGGAAGGCUGUGGUGUGAGUGGUGCCGCUGCUUGCACUACUGGUGCUGCCAGUGAGGAGAGCAGGCAGGAGGGCGGGGCCCCACGUCCCGACAACCCAGACAUGAAAGGCCGGGGCUGCAGCAGCGGGGGGAAGGGCGAAAAGGCGGGUGCAGCGUUGGAGGAGGAGGAGAGGAGGGAGGCGGGAUCGGUGCGGCUCUCCGUGUACCGGAGGUACUGUGCGGCGGUGGGGUGGCCGCUGCUGGCACUCGUGCUGGCGAGCCUGGCGCUCAUGCAGGGCUCGCGCAACGCUGCCGACGUCACGCUCUCCCUCUGGACCGAUGCGGUGCAGCACGCCCCAGACUCAGAGGCAGCAACCAACGCAUUCUACCUGCGGCUAUUCACCUUCAUCGCACUCCUCAACUCACUUCUCACACUCCUCCGCGCCUUCUCCUUCGCACGUGCCGGCAUGACGGCAGCCCACCGCGUGCAUCACGAGCUGCUCGCUGCUGUUGUGCGCACGCCCCUUGCUUUCUUUGAUACCAACCCCUCUGGGCGCAUCCUCAACAGGUUCUCCUCGGAUCUGUACACAGUGGACGACUCGCUGCCAUUCAUUGCCAACAUCCUCCUCGCCAACUCCUUCAGCCUCGCUGGCAUCGCCGCUCUGCUGCUGUACACGCAGUGGACGUUUCUGCUUCUCCUGCUGCCUCUCACCUACAUCUACUCCAUCAUCCAGCAUCUCUACCGCCAGUCAUCGCGGGAGCUGCGCCAGCUGGACAGUGCAGCGCGCUCGCCCAUGUACGCUGCCUUCUCCCAGCUGCUGCACGGCGCCCCCACCAUCCGCGCCUUCCAUGCCCAGGAGCACAUGAUGCGUGGGGCAGUGGCCCUCAUGUCGGCCAGUCAGCACGCGUCCUUCUCUGAGAUGGCUGCCUCGCAGUGGCUCUCCGUUCGCCUGCAGCUGAUGGCAGCAGUGGUGGUGACAUUCGUUAGUGUCACAGGCAUCAUGACCACCCACUCUUUGCCCAACGUCUCACAUCCAAACCACUUGUUUCCAAACCAAUCACCUCUCAACCACUCACCACCAAGCAGCACCGCGCACCAAGCCUUUCCACUCGCCCCUGCUGCCCCUCACUUGCCCUCACCCUUAUUACACCUGCUCUUCCCUGACUUCAACAACACCUCCUCCUCGUUCCCUCUCCUCUCUGACCCAGCAUCGGGCCACACCCUCCCUCUCCCCGUUAACACAUCCCUCCUCCUCCCACCCCUCCAAUCCCUCUCCCUCCCUGCUCUUCCUUCCAUAUCCCACCACCUCUCCUCCUUGCAAACUGAUGGGGCAUCAGCUCUGUGGCUCUCGCCAGCUGCUCGCCUGGCAGCAUGUCCUAACGCAUGGUCAGGCACAUGGUCAGGUGUUCUAUCAGGUGUUCUAUCAGGUGCUGCAUCCAGUGCACGGGCACGUGUGUUGCUGAAGGGUCUGAGCAGUGUGCCAGUGAUACGCAGCAUCAUCACUGCACUGCAGUCGCUGCUCUCACUCGCCCUCUCCGCCCCUCGCCUCCUCUUUGAAAGUGCCACAACCACAACAGCAGCGGUCUCGCCUGGCUUGCUGGGUCUGGCGUUGGCAUAUGCGCUGCCCAUAGUGUCGCUGCUCAACGGCACACUCACCUCCCUUGCUGACACGGAGAAGGACAUGGUGGCAGUGGAGCGCGUGCUGGAGUACCUGGAUCUGCAACACGAGCCAGACGCCCCUCCACUGAGCCCCCUCCCUGGCGCAAAAGGGCAGAAUGGCGAGGGUGCGUGGAAGGACGCACAUGCAGAAGGAGAAGGGAUUGCGGUUGCAGGAGGAGGGGAGCGGGGGGAGUGGCCGAAGGAGGGGCGGGUGGAGUUCAGGCAUGUGAGCAUGGCGUACCGGGUGGGGCUGCCUCUUGUGCUCUCAGACGUCUCCUUUCUCAUUCCCGGCGGCUCUCAGGUGGGCAUAGCGGGCCGCACUGGCGCAGGCAAGUCGUCCGUACUGGCCGCCCUCUUCCGCCUGCGACCCCUCAGCCUGCCCUCUGCCACCACCACCACAGCCAUCACCAGCACCACCACCAGUAGCAGCACUGCACACAUGCAUGAGAGCAGCAGAGCGAGUGGCAUAUUCAUUGAUGGUGUCGACACCGCCCAUGUCAGCCUCUCCUGCCUGCGCACUGCCCUCGCCAUCAUUCCCCAGACACCACUCAUCUUCCACGCCCCCAUCCGAGACAAUCUGGAUCCCGAGGGAAAGCAUGCUGAUGUGGCAUUGUGGGAUGCCGUGAGGAAGUGCCACCUGGGUGCAGCAGUGGGGCGGCUGGGAGGGCUGGAUGCCAUGGUGGGUGGGGCGGCAGGGGGGCUUUCACUAGGAGAGAGACAGCUGCUGUGCCUGGCUCGAGUGAUGCUAAGAAAAUCCAAGGUGCUCUGUUUGGAUGAGUGCACGGCCAACAUUGAUGCUGCCACUAGUGCACUCAUGCAUGCCACUAUAGCUCGGGAGUUCCAUGGCGUCACCACCAUUACCGUUGCGCACCGAGUCUCCUCACUGCUCUCCCUCCCACGUGUCCUCAUCUUUGAGGCUGGGGCCCUUGUAUGUACAAGCGAUGCUGCUAUAACAUGA